AUGAAUACAAACAUUUAAAAUAUUUAGGCUUUCAAAUUUAAUUAUGAUGUCAGUUUGUAAAAGAUAACAUUAGCAAUUUCUUUUCCUUGUAAAAUUCAGGUAACACUAAAAAGAGGAACUUAAAAAAUAGAAAGUUAACAGUUCGAUUUAGAAAAUGGAGCUGCUAAAAUGGAGUAGCUGUUGAAUUUAUAAACUAAUCUUUACUUGGAUUUAGAAAAUAAAACAUUUUUGGAGAAAAAAGCAACUUUUACAAUCUUAAUCAUUACCCCAAAAGGUCAAAAAGUAGCUGGCACAUGUCAAAUAGAUUUAGCUCAUUAUGCUCGCAACAAGAUUACAAAUAAAUAGGAAUCUCUAAAAUUAGAAAAGUGUCCUGAUAAAAAUGCACUUUUUACUUUCAAUAUUGCUACAUCCAUAGUAGGUUAGGUAGAAUUCGAUAAUAUGAGUAUGUCAUCAGUAGCAAGUAAAGCUUAGAAUGAAUACUUGACUCAUGAAGAUGUAAAAAAGUCAUAGCAUUCACGAAAUCCAUCUUAAAAUAAUUUAUAAUUAGAGUCAGAAUAUAAAAGUCCUUUAAAGGAAGCUAGUGAUACAACCACAUAGUCAUUAAGCAGUAAAUCUACAAAUUAAAAAAAUACUUCCUAGCUUAAAGAAGUUUAGAAAUAGCAAGAAAAUUAAAAUAUCCAACCUGUUAAUGGAUAUCACAAAGAAGAUGAUAAAUUAUAGAAAUAAUUUGAAAUAAUGAAGAAAUAGAUUGAAGAAUAUCAAAACGAAAAGAUUACAUUUUAGAAAAAAAUCGAGUUUUUGUAAAAGAGUUUAACCGAAUCUGAAGAAAAGAAAAACGAACUUUUGAAAGAAAAGCAAGAAAGUAUAAAAUAAAUUAACAAUUUAAACGAAAUUCUACGUAACUAAUCAAAUGGAGAUGAAGGAUUAAAAAAAUAAUGUCAAAAUUAUGAGAAAUAGUUGUAAGAAAAGUAGAAAAUAAUUGAAAAAAAAGAAUAACUAAUCUAAGAGUUAAAUCAUCAAGUACAGAAAUUUUAAGACCAAAUAGAUCAAACUCAACAACAAUUAAAUUAGAAGACAGAAUAUAUGAAAACAAUUUAGGAUUUGCAAUCAUAAAUAACAGUCCUUAAAAAAACUAGUUCAUAAGAUGACCCAAAAUUAAAAUAAAAAGUAGAAGAACAAGCUGCAAUAAUUUUAAAAUAGUAAUCUUAAAUAGAGUAAAUGAAGUAAGAAACGAAUGAUCUAAUUAGAACCAGAGUUAAUGAAGUUUAUACUUAAUAGCUUACCAAAAUAGAAGAAUUAGAAACAACUAAUAAUUAAUUAAGAAUCUCAUUAACUAAAAGUGAAUAAAAUGAAAGGCUCAUUCUUGAAAAAAAAUCUUUAAUGGAGGAGUUAGAAACAAAAAAUAAAUAAAUUGCUAAAUUACAAACAGAUCUUAAAAAUGCUCUAGAUUAAUCUCAAACUAUGGAUAUGCUUUCAAAUGAAUUGGUAAAAUCUAAGUAAAAAUUAGGUGAUUUAUAUAAUAGAGCUAUGGAAAUAGGAGUAUAUGAAAAACUACUUUAAUAUUGA